AUGAGGUCGGAUCUGAAAAAUCGCCCCGCCAGUUCUACUCGCGCUUCACCUGCAAUUGCAAAACGCUUAAAAAGUGUUGAGGAUAUAGAAAACUCUUGUUCAACAUCAUUCAGAGGUAGCUGCUUCAAGGAUAAUAUUAAUAUUAUCAAAUCAGACACUGCAAAACUGAGUGCAGAGCCACUGCAGAUGAAUAGGAAGAAGAAAGGCGGGGGAUACAAUUUACGGAAAAGCCUAGCAUGGGAUAGAGCCUUUUUCACCGAAGAAGGUGUUCUUGAUCACAUAGAACUCUCUACAAUUAGUGGUACCUAUUGUGGAGAGGGAUUGUUUGGCAUAGAUGAAGAAAUUUCUGGUGCUUCCAGUUAUACUAUGGAAUCUGCUGAUAUGCCAGCAACUGAAAAUGAUUUAAUUAAAGAACCUCCAAAUGAAGCUUUGGAUAAAUAUAGGAGUGAUUGCCUAUCAACAAAGCUUGAUUCAUCUGCUCCUAAUGACAUAAUUUCAACUUCUAUGACCUCACAAAAAUCAACUCGUCCUAGUAGCAAAAUUGGGUCCAACUGUGGUGACAGUACUCGACCUUGGCCUUCAUCAUGUUUAAAAAGACCACCAUAUACAACUGCUGCCAAAUCUGCAACCAAUGAAUUAAAGCUGCUGAAAGUUCCUGUUCCAAAGCCAGGUCCUAGAUCAAACUAUUUGAAGCACAACCAGGUUACUGAACCAGUUGUUAGUAUCCAGAGAAAUAUAGGAUCAAAAAGAUCCUCCAAAAGUCAGAAAAACACUGAAGAUGCAUCAGAAGCUGGUACUUUAAAACCAUACUGCUAUUCAAAAGGAAAUUCAGAAAACCCAUUGCAGGAAGGACAUUUAUCAAUCAAUAAAAGACCCCUGCUUGUUGACAAAGCCAAUAAUUCUGGUUCAAAGAUGAUUUCGGGCAAUAUGGUUCCAUCUACCACAGGGCAUUCAUUUGAGAGCCGAGAUGAGCCCACAACAAUCUCCAUUUCAGUUGCUCAGAAUGCUUGCAUCAGUGGAAGGAAUAUGCAUCCUUCACCAAAUCAAGCCACCAGACCAUCAGGUUUGAGAAUGCCUUCACCAUCACUAGCCUUUUUUAGUCAGCCUAAAUCUUCAGACUCAUAUAGCUUAUCAUGGAGAAAUAAAGACUCUAAUAUAUGUGGGAUUCAAGAACUUGAAGAUUUAAGGUCACAAAGUACUUUGAGAAAAACUUCCAAGAUAUCCAAUGACACUGAAGUAAGCACAAGUAAUAGCAAUAGACUCAAAAGCUCCAGAUCAGAAUGUUCUGCAUCUUUUGAGGUUAGUGCUGUUUCACGUGGAAUAAUUGAAUCUAACAUGGACGAAAACUCUACACACAAGGUGGGAUUGAAGGUUUUAUACAAUGCCAAAAGUUUUGAGCCAAAAGGUAAUACCAUUGAUACCAAUGGACAGAUUCAGGAUGUUCUCAAGCAAAUUGAAAUUCAGAAGAUAAUAUCCCAGGAGAACAUAGAAUUUCAGAAGGACAAAGAAGUUUCCUUUCAAAGUACUUCAUGUGAAAAAGUAACAGACAAUGACAAUCUUAAGAGUACCAUCCUUGGUUGUCCAGGAAAUCGUGAAUCUUGCAUGAGUGGAUGGGGAAAGUCAAACCUAGUGUUGCAACAUGAUUGUUUGAUUCUUGGCACAGAUGGAUCUGAAACAAAAGCUGUAACAGAUGAACCACGCAAAUGGCCAAAAAUAUGCAAAUUUUCUGCCUCAAAACAUGAUAUUAGAUCCCAGACACGACCUGGAGAUGUAAAUGAUCAUAGAUGGCAGAAUUCUUUGACAGUGGGGAGUAAUUUGGUGGAAACAUCCAUGCAGGAUUGUCAUGAACCACCUAGGGAGCAAACUGACCAAUCAAAGUUUUCCCCUGGAGAGACUGAUCAGGCCCCCACUGGAGAUAAGGAUAUUUUGAAGAAAAAUGGAAGAGCUAAUGAACCAGCUAAAGAGUCCCAAGAAUAUGGAAGUUUGUAUAUUGGAAAUGUAGAUUGUGAAUCCUUGGAAUGUAAUAUGAAAAGUCCAUGUUCAUCAUCUAACGAACAUAAAGAUCUUUCAGCAGAAGCUGCUACCACAGAUGUGAAAACUUAUAACUUACAUGUGGGACAGUCACAACUGCAGGUCCCAGAAGAUAUUUUAGCUAUUGAAAGCUUUAAGAAUAAUGUCAAUCAUAUAUUGGUGGUUGAUGCUGGUAACAAGAAAUCUGGAAAAGCUUCAGAGAUUCAUGACAUUCUCCAAGAAGUUGAACUAGAUUCACAGAAUAAUUUUAAAUUGCAUACAAGUGAUUGGUUGUUGCCUAAGAAACAGGCAUGCUUGACGGAAUCCCUGCAAGAAAAACUCACCGAGACACUUCCAGCAUUUGAUGUAGCUGGAAAAUAUGGAAAUCAAUUCUUUGACAUUAAACUGGAAAGUACUCUGGCUCCAGCUACAGUUCAUGACACCGAUGACUUCAAUAUAGACAAAAUGACUAAACAACCUCUAAUCGGGGACACACAGUUUGAAAAUAUCCAAUCUUCUGAAAUUUGCAACAUUUUAAUUGAUACGACUUCCAGUUAUGAUGGUGUACUCACAGCUAAAGCUAACUAUUUGGAACUCAAUACUUCUCCUAAUGAAGUAACAAAUUCAUUGGUUGGAGGUGACGGGAGAUUGCCAGAUGACAAUGACACAAGGAAUAUAGGAAUUAAUGAAAUGAAAGCUGAUUUGUUGGUGGAGGACCCUGCAAGUGAAAAAUUGUCAAACAGUCCUCAUCGGGAAACAGAGGCAAUAGAGAUGAAAGAUAGUAGUUUGUUUUCCAGAAGCAUGUUAUUUGAAGAUUCACAGCAAACUAUUCUUGAAAAGACUAUAGAUUCCAGUCCGAUGGUAGAUAGUUAUAAUGAAAACAACUCAAGAACUUCUGCAUUUAUAGUAAAGGAAGGUAGAUUUGGAGUGGAUAAGGAGAGUACUGUAUCACACAUGGAGGAUUUGAUGGUGCAGUCAUAUGACAAAGCGUUGAAAGAAUGCUGUGUCGAGUACUCUUCAACAUGGGAUGCUGAUUGCAAUGAACAGUCAAGAUAUUUGAAAUUGCCUAAUCCUGUCGUAGUUGAAGAUCUUUUCCGUAGUAAUUAUGGAUUGACUUUGAAGAAUCACUCUCCCUCUGUAAAAAGCAUUAUCUCUGAUGAACCUGAUCAAACUAGUGUUUUGGAUAACAUGGUGGAUUCUGUUACAAAACCAAGUGAUCUACAUGAAGGUGAAAUAAGUUUCAGUGUUGUUGUCCAGAAACCAACUUUGAUGCAAUUAACUUGCAAAGAUGCAGAUGAAAUUGUUGGUCAAUCAUGCAUACCAGAUCAGAAUAAGAUUGAAGGUACUCAAGACAGUAGUACUUCUGUUAGUGAAGAAUCUGUAGAGGAUAAAGCUGCAUUUGCACCAAUCAAUAAAUUUGGCGAUGGUCUUAAGAAGAAAAGUCGUACAUUUGUACCCCCACAAAAUGCUGUUCCAUUUUCUGAUGAAUGGUUGGCUGCCAUUGAAGCUGCUGGAGAGGAUAUUCUCACCAUGAAAAGUGGUACUGUACAACAUUCGCCUCCUGACAAAUCUCUUCCCGAGCCAAAUCCAUGGUCUCCGGUCAAAAGGAAAACCAAUCAUAUAGGACCAUUCGACUGUACAAAGUUCACCAACAUCUCGCCUUCUGACUCCAGCUAA